GCCCCUGCCCCGGGCUAGCCCCGGGAUGGUGUUGGCUGCGGGAGCCGGGCCCUGACACCGCGCUCAGAUUGCAGGCUGAGCACCGCUGUACCGACAGGACAGGCCCUGUGCUCCCAGCAUGGCCACGCAGAUGUUUGAGGGCACGCAGCACGCGGCCGUCUACCUGAAGUACCGCUUUGCCCCCGGCAAGGAGCUGAAGGACAUCAUCCUCGCCUACCUGCAGGAGAAGGCUCCCAGCUGCACCCAGCUGGCUGUGGAUGUGGGCUGCGGAUCGGGGCAAGGCACGGCCUUCCUGGCAGACCGCUUUGCAAAGGUGGUGGGCACCGACAUCAGCCAGGCGCAGAUCCAGGAGGCCAAGGCUGCCCCCUCUCCUCCCAACAUCUCCUACCUGGUGUGCCCAGCGGAGGAGCUGCCCUUUGAGGAUGGCUCGGUUGAUCUCCUGGCCUCGUUCACGGCCGCGCACUGGUUUGAUAUUGGGAAGUUCAUGAACGAGGUGAAGCGUGUGCUGCGGCCGGGCGGCUGCGUGGCCAUCAGCACCUACACCAUUGACAUGAGCCUGCACUACAGGGACUGCUCUGAAAAGCUGACCCAAAUCUUCCGGGAGGCCUGGGACCAGCUCUUAAAAUACUCUCACAGUAGAAUAAAACAUGUCCUGGAAGACUACAAGGAGAUCUUUGAGGCUUUGCCAUUUCCAGACAAGAAGAGGAUCACCAACAUCUAUGAUAAAAUUCCCAUGACUGUUGCUGGGGUGGUCGGUUACUUAGAGUCUGCCUCCCCAUACCAAGUCUUCAUGAAGAACGACCCCGAGGCUGCAAAAACCCUCCUCCCAGGGAUGGAAAAGAGGCUGCUGGAGACGAUGGGAGCUCCCUCACGUGACACCCCGCUGGAGUUCUGGGUGAGGCACGUCUGCAUCCUGGGGCACAAGGAAGCGUGAGGCAAACCUCCUCCUGACCUGCUGCUGGGAGAAGCAGGACUUCUAACACCCUACUCUUCCUUGGGGAGAUCGGUGGCGAUUUCAGUGAUCAGAGCCUUAAUCUUUGUAAGCAGACAUGGGCUUAAUGCAGGGCCGUGUCUGUGCCAUGCUCCCAGUCUGCCCAGCACCCUCCUGUUGGAGGGACCAGGGUGGUUGUGAUUCGUGUCCCACGUCCAAUCCUGUAACAGCUGAAUUUCUUUAACAAUAAAAAAAGUUCCAAAGUGGA